AGAUGGCUCCAGGUGCUUCAGCUCCAGCAGCUUCUCGUAGUGAAGAUGAAGUCGGACAGAAAAUCGACAGAUGUUUCGCCGAUUCUCUGCUUAAAGUGACUGGCGGUGUCGCUAUUGGAAUUGUCGCCAGUGUUGCGUUUUUUAAGAGCCGCUCGUGGCCAAUUUGGUUUGGAUCAGGCGUCGGUUUGGGCACCGGAUGGUCGAAUUGCCGUCACGAUUUCGCUUCGCCGUACGUUUUGCACGGAAAACGUGUUCCAGCUGGACAGGAUUCGCAAGGAAAACCGGCAUACAAUAUUAUCACCGAACAACACAAGCAAUAGAGAAAAGAAGAGAUAAAUUUUCGAUUUUUUUGAGAUUUUUUUGAAUUUCCGCCCGCCACCCCGCUUUUUUUUGUUCUCUCUUGUGUCGAAAAAUAGGAAAAUGUGUGAAUAAACUUAUGAAAAAAU